AGUGAGAAGGUCGGAGGGGCAGAGGGAACCAAACUAGACGAUGACUUCAAGGAAAUGGAAAAGAAAGUAGACAUCACAAGCCGGGCGGUACUGGACAUCAUGACCAAAACUACAGAGUACCUCCAACCCAACCCAGCGUCCCGAGCCAAGCUGAGCAUGAUCAACACCAUGUCGAAGAUCCGGGGGCAGGAGAAGGGGCCGGGGUACCCCCAGGCAGAGACCGUUCUGGGGGACGCCAUGCAGAAGUUUGGCCGGGAGCUCGGAGAAGAAUCCAGCUUCGGCCUAGUUCUGAUAGAUGCAGGUGAGGCGAUGAGAGAGCUUGGUGAGGUGAAGGACGCUCUGGACAUGGAGGUCAAACAAAACUUCAUCGACCCACUUCAGAACCUCCAUGACAAGGACCUGAAGGAGAUCCAGCACCACCUGAAGAAGAUGGAGGGCCGUCGUCUGGACUUCGACUACAAGAAGAAGCGUCAGGGGAAAGUCCAGGAAGAGGAAAUAAAACAGGCGCUGGAGAAGUUUGACGAGGGCAAAGACAUCGCCGAGCAGAGCAUGUUCAACCUGCUGGAGAGCGACAUAGAGCAGGUGAGCCAGUUGGCAGCUUUGGUUCAGGCCCAAUUAGAAUAUCACAGCCGAGCUGCAGAGAUCCUCCAACAACUCUCCAGAAAGAUGGAAGACAGGAUAAAGGAGGCGUCCAAUAAACCCAGGAAAGAGUACAUGCCCAAACCCCGUAUGACACUGGAGCUUCUUCCACCCAGCGAGAGCCACAACGGGGGCCUCCACUCUGCCAAGUCCCCAGGAAAAUCCCCCGGUAAGAGGGAGACUCUUCACAUGUGGCAGCACAUCACUGGGAGGAGACCCCGGGCUCCCAUGGACCAGCCCUGCUGCCGGGCGCUCUACGACUUUGAGCCGGAGAACGAAGGUGAGCUGGGUUUCAAGGAGGGUGACAUCAUCACCCUGACCAAUCAGAUUGAUGACAACUGGUACGAGGGCAUGAUCCACGGCCAAUCAGGCUUCUUCCCAAUCAACUAUGUGGAUAUCCUGGUCCCGCUUCCGCAUUAG